AUGAGAACGAGUCAGUCACUAGGAAUUCGAGGAACCCUUCGAUGUGGCACGAAACCGCUCGGAAAUCGUACCGUACAAUUAUACGAUAAGAGGACACCACCAUUUUCCGACAAACUACUGGCGUCAAACACGACCGAUUCGACUGGGUUGUUCUAUCUCACCGGAACAGCAGCGCGUGUACUGCCUCUGUCACCGCUUUUGGAAAUCGAAGGCGAUUGUAAAGGGAAGGUAAGCGCUAUGAAAGGCUCCCUGUAA